CUACGAUGCAGUACUGCUCCGACGUACUGCGCCUAUCCUCCGUCGUUAGCAACAUUUCGAUUUCUUUGGUGUUCGUGUUUCAAUGUAGGCUAGCUAUGUGAUGGUUUACUGCUAUCCACUAGUUUAAUUGUGUCGUAGGAAAGCGAAGUAUUUGUUGUUCCUGCCUCUACAAUAUCUAGCACGAACCUUAGGGGCCGGAAAAAGCCCAGUGUGGUCCAUUGCAUUUCGGAUCGGCGCAAGCACUUUAUGGGCUUGUACUUGGCUCUGGAGCAGCAAACAACAGCGAGUGACUCUGGUGAGAACUACCGCCGCUACUAGCAGUCGACUGAAAACUCAACCACGCUCCAAAUCUGCUGGGCCGAGCUUACGGUGGAUAAAACUUGGCACUCUCAAUCUCCUUUUCAGCAAAAUUCGAAUUCCCUUGGCACAGGAAAGUAUCGCAGUGUCAUUAGAUUGAGACGGCAGAAGCUGCGUCUCACCUUACGAACGGUCCAACGGAUGCGAGGAAAGCAUGGCGACUCCAAGUUACGGAGGCAAUCACAGAAAGCGGAGGAGGAAAGAAGAGGAGUCCCCACAUCAAACCUCUGAAGGAAGAGUACAUGACGAUAGUUUUCGUAUGACGUCAUUGCCCGACCAAGACCCUGAAGCCUCAGCUGCUACUUGCCCUGUGUCUGACAUGACUGCUGACAACCUAUCUCUCUUCAAAGGCAGCAUGGCCGAAACAAGCACACAGGUGACUAUUGUUCACGGGACGUAUGCAGAAGCAGCGGAGUCUAGCGUGGAGCUGGAUAAUCUUGAGCGGGCACUGAUAAGCACAGCGCAAAGUGCGUCCGCGUCCCGGCCAUACACUUUGGCUACUACUAGCAGCGACAUCACCCGCAGCCCAUCUGACAUCAACGUGCGGGAGAUUGUCACUGAGCAGUGCGCCAGCACGGGGAUAGAGAUUGAUCUGUGGAAGGAGGUAAUGAGGUCGUUCACUGUGCAGUUCUGCAGUUUUGUUGACCCCACUGUCCUUACACGUCGCCUUCAAGAGAUGAAUGGUGGUCUGUUCUCUCAGUUGGAGUACGAAUCGCUCAGCACACGGUCAAUGGUUCGAGAGAGACCUGAUCAGGCUGACAAACUACUCUCUCAUCUCAGACCACAUGGUAACCUGACCUGCAUUUGCUUACUGCAGGCCUUGUAUGAUGAACGUGGUGCCUAUCGUACCCUCGCCAAAGACAUCAUUGAUCGAUUUAAAGAAGUAUUCCAUGAAAAAGAACGGAAGCUUCUGAGGGAUCCUGAUUCGUGUGCUGGUCGAGCUGUACCAUCUACUUCCAGCAGUUUGAUCGCCCGUGAUGAGAGACCAUAUGCAGAAAGCGAAGUUCAGCUUUGGCGACUAGCCACAGACACGUUGGAAACACAGCUUCCUCUGGAUUCAUUGCGCAACAUAGCUCUGCGAGCUGGCAUUCUCAACCGAUCCGAUCUUCAGGCUUCAUCUGCUGACCUGCUGGAACAACUGAGGAUAUAUGGAAAUGACUCUUUUGAUACCGUUCUCAGCGGGAUGUCAGAAAUACCUCAGCUACGUCCAUUGGCAUACCAGUUGAAUGUUUUGGCUAACAAUGCCAUUCCAGCACGUGCUCGAGAGUUUCCACUGAAUCUUGAUCAGGGGCAAGAAGUAACUGUGGAUGUUGUUGUACCAAGAAAAACCUCACCAGCGACGGUCCUAUACGAUUUUUACGAGCAGCUUCUUGAAGUGGAUCUCAAGCAAUUGUGCACGGCCUAUCAGUUCAGCUCAGGCUUAACACGUGCCAGGGUUGCAGACAUCAUACGCAACAGCGGGAAAAGCCUGGAGAGCAAGCGUCGACUACUGCUGAAUGAGUUACUCUCUGACAAAAAGGUGAAUGUGGAGGAAGUGAUAAGACUCAUCUCUGAACAAGGAAAUCGCAACUUGGCUAAGAAGAUUACUGACGCAUUGCAGCAGUUCCGCCGCAACAAUCUGAUCCCAUGGCAUGUCAUUCCACUGUUCUCUUGCCACAAGGAAGCUGGUCUGUCAUUACUACAAUCCAGCAACGGUGACUUCUACUUGCACGAACGACCGUCCAUCCAGUACCACACGGAUGCUUCGACAAUACUACAGGACUACACAUUGAAUCCUGGCGCAGCUAAUACGGUAUUGCCGCCAAAACCAGCCAAUCAGCCAAGCUUAUCGUCUGUCCUGCAGGCGAAUGUCAUGGACCGUGACCUCUCUGCACUUGAAAAGCCUGCUUAUUCAACUCAAAGCAGUGACAUUUGGCUGGAAACUGUGGCCUUGAUCGGCGCCCGUGACGCGACAGAAUCAUACUGUUGUCAUCACCUCGCUUCUAGUUUAACUCCAGUUCAGUAUGCAGCGCUAUGGCCAGCAAACAGCAAUGACGGUAGUACCAUACGCAUGAUCAUUAACCGUCGUGACAAGCACCUCUGCCAGUGUUACCUUGUCGUUGAGCUUCAUGACUCUGAUGACGAAACCAUUCACCAGCAGCUCCUUCACAAGGCAACCCAUGGCAGCCAGUCGCUGCACCUCCUGUAUCAGAAUAUAGAAGUGGGUGAGUUCAACAAAACCAAGUCAUCAUCCACCACGUUCCCGGUUAUAUUCGAAGGCGGCGAGUUCAAAAUUGCUACUGAGGCUACCCAGCAACCAACUGUGCAGCAUGCUACUGCUAGGUUACUCCGAUCUGUGUACCGAGAGUACCCAAUUUAUCCACUUUAUCAAUAUGCUGGCCUACCACUCCUUCAUAUCUGGCCUUCCAUGCUCGAUGACGGACCAUCUGGAAUGGGUGAUAAACGACUGGCUGAACUUGUUUGCAGAGAAUUCGUUAUGGAGUCUACUUUAGAUCAAGGUGAUGAUGUGUCUGGUGACACAAGCCACAAGGACAGUGUCAGAGUACGACUGCCAGUGGUGUCAGUCUCAUCACAGGACAUGUCAUUGUGCCAUCCGUCUCACUUGUGUCGACCUGUGCAGAGUCCCACGCACCUCUGGCUUCAUGACAUGACUGUACCAUCACCAAUCACUCUCCUUGCUUCACUCAACAAGCCAGCCGAGAAGAGCACAUCAGCUCAUGGCCAGGGAAAGUCCCGGCACGCUGAUUCCCUAUUGGCCUGCACUGCCUUUCCGUGUGUAGCUGAGCAGAUCUGUGACCAGCUGAGUUCGGAAGUAGGGAACUGUUACCAUCGCAUUGACAGCGUUAAUCCGCUAGAGAGCCUGCGCAAGUGGCCACAUCCGGUGACGGUUGUUACUUGUCUGUCCCAGACUGAAGAAGCAGCAUUCCACUGCCUCAACACCCUGGCUGGUGCUUCAUUCUCUAGUAGUGGCUCCUUCUCCCACAGCAGCAGCAGCAGCAAUACCACCAGCAGCAGCAAUACCACCAGCAGCAACAACACCAGCAGCAGCAAUACCACCAGCAGCAGCAGCAACAGCAGCAGCAACACCAGCAGCGGCAGCACCAGCAGCAGGAACAGCAGCAGGAGCAGCAACACCAGCAGCAGCAGCAGCAAUACCACCAGCAGCAACAGCACCAGCAGCAGCAAUACCACCAGCAGCAAUACCACCAGCAGCAGCAGCAGCAGCAACAGCAGCAGCAACACCAGCAGCGGCAGCACCAGCAGCAGCAGCAGCGACACCACCAGCAGCAGCGGAAAUGCUGCUGGUGGCAAUGGGCAUCCUGUGAGUUGCUUGUUGGCCUGCACUCGGUUUACUCCCAGCCGUCUAUUUGUAUUGCUAGCAUUCACAGGCAUUACAAUGGACUCCAUUACAAAACAUGGACUGGAGCCGGGCCAAAGGGAUCUGCUGCUUUCAGCUAUUGCACUCAGCCGCCUCUUCCUGUUGGACGUCGGUCAAAGUCAGGAUUCUUUGGUUGCGUUUGGAAAGGCAAUAUCUGCGCUGUCAGAUAAACUGCCCUUCAAAGGCAAUGAUCUAUGCAAUGGCCUCGACCGAUUGUAUGUGGACAAAAGCCUCUUCCAGUGUCAUCUGGCUAUUCUGUCCAGCAAUCAGCUUCAGCUUGAAUGCCUGUCCACGCCGGUCACAGUUAACUCAAAGCUGACUGCAAUUGGAUCUGUGAUAGGAUCCAUGUUCCCAACAGUGUCUACAACUACCUAUGAUCUCAGCACUAUGUCAUGUCCAUCCUCUGUGCAAGAUUGCGACAGGAGGCUCUCGGACUCACGCGUUCGUGGUGACAUCUUGGCUGAUACAGCGUACGCCAUUCUGAAAAAUCCUCGAAAUCCCAUCAAGUUGUUUGCGGAUGGAGGUUCGUUUCUGGCUUGUCAAAACCUCCUCCUAGCCCUGGCCAUUACCAGCUUUCAUAGCUUUCAAGGCUUGCACGAGAUGGAUAUUUUCCAUAUAUCCCAACUUCGUGUCAAGCUGGCCAAGUUCUGUGAGACUGGAGUUGAUGACGAUCCCAGUGUAAUGAUUGACACAGAGAACUUGUCAUAUACACACGAAAGGGUAAAGAAAGAACUACGUCUCCCAGCAUUACACCUGUCUGCAAAUGAGGAUACAGUAACGGAGGUUGUCUCACAGAUCAAAGAUGGCUUGCAGCAAGCGUUUGGUGAAGAAUCCACCAUUAACAAGCGUUUAAAUCUUGUAGCUGCUGUGCAAUGGUGCGUAAAAGACAUCGUGGCUCGAAGAUGUGAACACGCGAAGCAGCUAGUGACAAACUAUUUGGAGAUUGAAGACUGUUCGUUCAUUGACAAAUCGCUCUUCGAAGAUGCCAUCGAUAUCUUCCGAUUGAGCUGGGUCCUGUGUGGAGAUCGAAGUCCGAAAACUUGCCGCUAUUGCUUCUUCCGCUGCUUGAAGUUAAGAGGUCAUGACAAGUCUUCGGAUUGUGAUUGUCUUAGCCCGAGUCACAGAUGUAAACAUAUUUGCCAGGGUCCAGUUCACAAUGCUGAACAACGGCACAGAUGUCAGCAGUUGUGCAGUAAGAAAGCUGGACACGAGGACUUUGAAGAGGUUGCUUAUGGUUAUCAACACCUUUGUGAGGCAUACGAAGAGCCUGACAGACACAUGUGCCGAUUGCAAUGUCACCUAGCAUCAUCAAGGACGUGUCACAAGGAGUGUGUUCUAUUCAUCGAUCACCCUAAUCAGCAUCUCUGUACUCUACCAACUGAGGAACAUCUCUGUAAUGCACCAUGCCUUCUCAGCUCCCACCCGAUCAGUCCUAGCACUGAAAGCGGAGAUGUUCAUCUUCCAUGCGCGUCACCAAUCAUUGCUGACCACACUCAUCUCUGUGGCUAUGAGCACCAAUGUUUAGAUGUGUGUGACGACCAAAGUGGUGUAUGUGAAAUAAGCCGAGAGCCCCUGGAUGGAGAUGCAUGGAAGCUUAAAGCUGGCCGUGAUGGCUAUCGACUUCCAUGCUCAAUCGUUAUACCAGCCAACCUGACUAAUCACACUGCAGCUCCCAAACACCACUGUGGAAAGGUUCACAGAUGUGGAGUCAUGUGUCCUAUGUGCAGCUGUUACUGUGACAAAGAGAUAUGCCAUGACGGCCUGCACUCCAUUGAAGAUCACGGAAAUAUCGUCAAUACCGCAGCGGUUCUGAAGAAGGAAACGAGAGAUCUAGUCAGACAUGGAUCGGAUCUCACUUGCAAACAGCUCUGCAUCUCAGCAGGACGAGGACACAUUCACUUAAUGACAACCAGAGACAGUGCUGUCCAGGGGAAGAAUGCUGGGGAAAUCGAUCACCGUCGCUUUUGGUCUCAUUUCGACUUUGAAGACCCGUGCAGCAGUGAUACUGAUCGAGAGAUCUUCGGUCAAUGCUCAGCAUACUGCCACGACUGCUUACCUGCAGACUGUGAGGAUUCAAGCAGUGGCAUUCAGCAUGACGACCACCCUGUUGGACUCAACUACUGCACUGAAGCAGUGCUACAUGGCAGAUUAACGGGUCCGACAAACAACUCCGGUGGCUACACCAGUAUUGAGAGAGACUACCAGCAGUCAGGAACACUGCCUGGUCAUCACUUUCUGUGCCAAAAGCAGCACAUAUGCCAUGGUAGAUGUGAAUGCAUUGACCGAAAUGAGCAGUGCUGUGAGCGAUGCCGAAAAGAGAUCUCUCACGACGGCACGUGUUCAUGUGAGCUGUUCCAUCCAUGUGGCAACAUGUGCAGCGUCAAGAAGACUUCGCGAGAUGAAACAACCCAGUGCCCCAAGCAAUGUCACGAGUCUUCUGAGAGAUUUGAUCACAAAUGCUACUGCGACGACACAAAGUGCCAUGCGGUAUGUAACAUCCAAGAGUGCAGAAAUCAAUGCAAUCUUCAUCAUCAGCAUGAAGGCGAUCUGCAUGACUGUGAACAGGAGCAUACUUGUGCUUCACAAUGUGAAGAUGGUGGUCGUUGUGAGCAGCAGCCAGUAGAAGAGGUUGAUGGACAGAGCGUUCCAAGGGCAGAAAAUGCAGGGCAGGCAGAUAGCUGGCAGAAGCUCACGUGCAACAUUUCGCUGAAACGUGGAGUUCGCAGUCAUACAGGAUCUCACUCUUGCAAAGGUAUUCAUCUGUGUAUGGAUGCAUGCCGGCAUUGUGCAGCGCCAUGUCUUCUUCAAAUCAAUCACACAACGCCUGUGCACGAGGCAGACCACAGGCCCUUCACAAGCAGAAGGAGGUUGCAGAUAUUUUACGGCGACAAGCGGGAAGUUCGGAGCACGCAACAGAUGACCUGUGCUACCUCUUGCAAGACUGCUGGUGCUGGUCAUUUUCAUGCGCUUGGAAAGUGUGAAAACAAGGCACAUUGCACAGUGGACCCCGGUCAAAUACGGCAUUACCAGUGGCAAGGGCAGUGUCUGCAUAUUGCGUCUCACGCCACAUUCUGGCAGUCAAUAUCAUACAAAGAUCCCUACUCUGACAAGGAAGUUUCUUUCUUCCAGUCCUGCCAUGUGCAAUGCCCUGGAAGCCAUGGUGAAGAGGACAGACCUCACUGUGCUGGAGAGAUGUGGCACGCAUCAUACCGUAUGCAAAGGACAGGCUAUGUCAUGGGUGUCAUAGAUCAGCUAUCACUCCAGCGGUCCACUGUCUUUCAUUUCUUUGAGAAGGACCAGCACAAGUGCACCCAGCGCUGCACAAUUCGCAACGCAGGAAAUCUUUGCAAUCGUGGAUGCCAGAAUCAGAUCCAGCAUAACUGCUCCCCUCGGUGUGAGGCAGAUUGCCCAGGAACUGGUGACCCCAAACACUUUGCAGGUGUUCCACAGCAUCAUUGCUUCGAAGAACAUGACUGCAGAGAGUUUUGUGACAGCUCUCACCCCGGUGUUUGCUUUCUUGGAUCAGCUGACAACCCUGCUCCAAUCGGAAGCCGACGUAUACGUCAGAACAGCAACGCCUACAAAGUGAAGUGCAGUGUGGCAUAUCCUGUGGGCCAGUCCAAUCAUGGAAAGCGACAAGAGUCUCACAGCUGCGGUAGAGAGCACACCUGUGAGAAGUUCUGCCCUCUGUGUGAGCGCUACUGCAGAUUGCGAUACGCUCACGCAGGGCCCUGCGAAACAGACCAUAGUGUUGUGAUCGACCCCGAGAAGGCAGUUAUUACCAAGCAGGAUGGCAAUACAGUAAGACUCUCUGAACAACAAACCUGUAGUGAGUUUUGCAAUGCUGCCGGUCCCUCACACUCACACCAUGUGGAUUGCAGCUGCAAGAAGAGAACACCGUUUUCCUAUCAGCUCCAGCCUUUCCACAAGCAUAUGGGGAUUAGACAAGUCGCCGGGUACGACUUGACAUCGCAUCACGUCUUCUGGAGAAAGAUUGGAUUCGAAGAUCCGUAUUGUACAAGAGCAGACAUCGGUGAAGACUUCUCCAGGUGCAGUGCUCAGUGUAACCAUCAGCUAGAUGUUGAUAAAGAUGGCAAAGCUGAGGCGUCCAAGUGCUAUUUAGAGCUAUACCAUCCGCCGGUGGACAUUACGGUGUACAAGGACAAGAUGGGUCACAUUGAAUACGAGAAGAACCCUGUCAAGGCCAUGCAUUACUUUCAGUGUGAACACCAGUGCCUAUACCGAUGUGACAAGAAGGACAACGGAGAACAGUGCAAAGGACAAUGCAGACAUCAAGCUGGUCACCAAGCACAUGGAAUAAUGCGAUGUGAGUGCACCAAGCCGCAGCAUUUUCUAGGAUAAGGUAUGGCCAGAUUCCUGUAAGUACGAGCCAUUUACCGAGGCAGGCCGAUCCUAUACUACACCGUUACUGGUAGUCACUACGUGACUCACCGGGAGUUCUGGAAGUAGCUGGGCUUCAUUGAUCCUGCUUUGAGCUUAGCCGCAUCUGCUCAUCCACCGGACUUCAACCUGUGCAAUGAGAGAUGCCAUGAGGGACUGUUAGAAUCUCCGCAAAAUGCUGCCUUUUCCACAGUGCAAAUGGUGCCAUGGGGAAAUGCGUGAAGCCCAGCGAACACAACGCAGCCAGCGUGUACCAAUAACACGUGUGUGGAAUGUGCCUAAGCGGAGAAACACCGCAAACAGCGCAUGACAUGAACAUGCCAGGUUGAACUAAUGCCUGCAGGAAGCUAUGUGCUCUAUGCAGAGUGCUGGCGUGCAGCCCUACAGUUUGCCAGUUCAUGGUACCCAGUUCAUGGUGAUUGCCAGCUGACUACAAUCAUGGUUGAGACGAUCCUGACCACGCGCACAAAUAUUAGUAUAGUGUGCCGACAGGCUACAAGACGUAUGCCACGCUUUCCAAGUUGCCAGGACCCGACCGCAGCCACAUCUACUAUGACCGCAAACGGAGAUCUCCAAACGUGUAGCAAGCAGAACACGUUGCCCAUGGCGGUCGUAUCAACAAAGAUGUUGCGAACCAUGAACAGUUCUUGGCUUUCAUGGGAUGUUAUCUACCUCGCUAAGUCAAUGCAAGAGAAAGAUUGAUAAUGCCUUCAUUACGUCGUGCUGGAUAGCCCCAUGGUUGAGCUGACAGACACACUCCCACCCUGGAUCACGUGCGUCGUGGAGAAGCUCCGUCACCCGUAGUCUCCGGUAUUGAAGUUGUUAGUCCUGUUCGGCUUCACAAGACAGUGUGUCGAUGACAAUGUAUGAAUGUUUAUUCGCUUUGUCGUAGGUGAGUGCUGCUGCAUAUGCCAGAGGUUUGCUUCUACACGAAACUAUUGACUUGUUUGUGCAAAGCACCUCUGCAGUUUGGAGAGGAGGACAUAUGUUUUGACUCCAAGUUUUAUGUCUAUUCACUACUAUCAGGCACCCAGCUCUAUAUUUCCUCUCUCGUAUCAUACUUUUACUUUUGGUUGCAAGGAAGAUCAAGUCCUGAAGAGAAUAGGGGACCAUGUUAGCAUGUGCUGAUGCCCUAGUUUGGUUUGGACAUUCCGACCAGCUGUACUCACUAGUAGAAAGCAUCUCCGCUCUAUCGUCCCAGAUUGCUUUUCAAUAUGUUAGGCUGUUUCUAUUUGCCACCGGCCUUGAUCCUGUCAGUAUUGAUUUUAUUUAUUUCCUCACUCAACCGCGUACUAGUAGAUCCAAUUCAAUGCUGUACAGUCAGCUAGUUUUUUCGACUAUCUAGGCCUUAUCAGUGCAGCUAGACCACUAGUUCAUGUGCAUGUAUUCUCAGAUUGUGCAAGCAUCGGAACCUUUUCGGACCAGGAAUUCGUGUGCAACAUUUACACCUGGAAUUCUUCCAGCUGUGCCCUACUAGGUGUUUUGGGUCACUGAUUUUCUUUCUAAAUACUAGUACACGGAUAACAGAGAAAUCUGCUCCGGUAUAGGUUGAAGUAACUGGGUGUGUAUUUUGUAUGUAUCUCUUUCCAAUUAUUCCAUACCCAUGGUUUGGCUUGAAUGAACCAAUGACUAAGAUGAUAUGGCUAGUUUAGGGUGUAUGCCAUGCGGCUUGAGAUCGUUUUUUGAAUAUUCUUAUUAGAAGAAAUCAUUUCUCGUAGUUGAUUGAUUUGUUGACUUUUCAAUAUCUGCUUGUAUCUUGCGUCAGCCAGCUCAGAGUCUUUGCUUGGAGCUUCUUUAGCAAGUGUGAUUUUCUUUGCAAUGUCCGUCCGUGACUGGCAUCACUACUACUGAGCUACAGCUGUACACAUACAGAUGUAUACCUGCUAUAAUAGUCUGCAUAUUAUGUUUGUAUUGGUCACAUGUUCAUUAGGUUUUAACCAUGCAAGGGCAAACAGCAGCAUUAGGCCUUGAACAGGUUA